GCUAUCGAACGACGAGAUACGACUCUGCGUCUCACCGUAGAAGUACUUCGAUUGCAUGGGUAUCGCGGACCUACUGCUACCAUGGCAGGCUACACAUAUUCCCCAUUGCAAGACCCGAAGACGCAGAUCAGGCUCCUCACAUUGUUUCCUGGAGACUUCUCUGACCCAAUCAUCUUGAGUCUACAUACUGUAUCUCUGACAUUGACGAAUAAGAACCACUAUGAAGCUCUUUCAUACGUAUGGGGGUCGUCCACAGAGACGAGGACAAUCUUUCUGAGGCUGUCAGACGAGUCACAAGACUCAGCUGAACCCAACAUGGAUUCUGCACCCUUUGAAGCUACGCUAAACCUUGAAUCGGCAUUGAAGCACCUCAGACAGAUGAAACAGCCACGGAAGCUAUGGGUGGAUGCUUUGUGUAUCAAUCAGAAGGACGAUGUCGAGAAGGGUUAUCAGGUAGCUAUAAUGGCUGAUAUUUAUCGCGAUGCGAAAGUUGUGCUCUGGCUUGGUCCUGAGGAAAAUGACAGCAAACAUGCGAUGAGCCUGAUGGCAAACAUGGGAGAGCAGAUCAAAGUAGACUGGCACACUUGUCUUCCUGAAGAGGACUCUUUGGCAAGAGUAAACCUCUCAUGGACAGAUGAUAAGUCAUCCGGCCCCCAUUGUGAGCGGGACUUCCUCGCCAUCCACCACUUACUGACUCGGCCGUAUUUCAACCGGCUGUGGAUAAGACAAGAAGUCUUUCUAUCCGGUCCCCAGUCAAUUUUAGUCUGUGGCCAUGAUGCAUUGUCCUGGGACUGCUAUGGCGCAGCAACGAUCGUCAUGAGGGUAAAGUUCAAGCACGCACUAGAGCAAGGUGAAUUUUUUCCGGAAGCUUUACAAGAUCCAUGUUGGCAAAGUAUCGCCAUCUGCAACAGACUCGAGUAUGAUUCCAUGGAUUUGGCUUUGGAAGACGCUCAGACGGCUAAUUGUUAUGACCCACGAGAUCGCAUCUACGCCAACUUCUUCGCAAGUGCGGAUCUGCGCAGGAUCAUCAAUCCUGACUACACAAAGACUAUGGAAGAGGUGUAUAUAGAUGCUACUCGGCGUAUGAUAGCUCUAUACGGCGAUUUUAGAAUACUGUCUCAUUGUGAUUCGAGAUAUCACCGAUCCGGGCUGCCUAGCUGGGCUCGAAAUUGGCAACAUGGAUAUGGCGUACAUUCAAGUAGGAUUGGACAAUGUCCAAAUUGGGCCGGUGGAGUGACUCGAGCUGAGGCAUGGUAUGCGUCGGACCAAGAAUGCUAUGGUAUGAGCACACAUAGUGUUUUCGCAGAAACGGUAUGUCAUGUUUGGCCUGUGGUGAGGAACGACAGUCAUUCGAGUGUCACCUUCUCAGGUCUACCAUCGAUUGGUUUUCUGUUAUCAAAAGCCGCAGAGUCGGGUCGCUCGUACACUGUGGAACAAUUAUUGGUAUCGCUUUGUUGUGUGCUUUUCAGCAACAAGUUCGGUGAGCGCUUUCAGCCACCGUUGUCACAUUUCGCAAGCUUCACGGAGACCACAGAAGCUUUCGUACGAUCCUGGUCGAAGAACCUUAACAAGCCGUUGGUCUUCAACGACACCUCGAUUCCUGUCUUGGGAAGUAUACCGCUUGUGUCCACUCGAUGUUUGUUUAUGAAUUCGUCCGGUAAUUUGGGUCUGGGGCCACUGGAGACUAAACAAGGCGAUUCAGUAGCCGUGCUUGUCGGAGGGGCCACACCAUUCGUCGUCAGACCUAGGAACCACUUCUGGAUAUUGAUCGGAGAGUGUUUCGUUGACGGUUUAAUGUACGGCGAGGUCCUCUUCGGACCCAUUCCUUCCUCAAUUGAGCCUGUACUGACAGGUAACACAUUUCAGAACCCUUCGUACAGAGACAUGAUUACAGGAAGGAUAGUGGAAGAUCCUAGAGUAUCCAUGCUGUUAGAAAAGCUGCCCGUCGAAGAGAGAAAACAAAUAGAAGGGCAGAAGCUCUCCGCAGAUGUCCUGAAAAGGAUGGGCGUUCAGUUACAGAAGAUCACAUUAGCGUGAAGUCCUUUCGAAAAUGAAAUGGGCUCUCUGCUUUUUAGCAUCAAGGAUCCGGGAUUCUACCAUCUUGAUAUGAUAGAAACUUGCAGUCUGAAUACUCGUUGUUAUUCCAUGAAUCAACCAUAACCAACGCCGC